UGACUUCAACAUCGCAAAAAGUGUCAAGGGCGAAAAACCGACCACACCAGUCAAAUCUUUGUGAAAGAGGAAGGACAGGAGAGGGAACAAGAAGCAGAACCACCGACAAUGAGGAUGAGACGACUGCAACUGAUGAGUAGGCGGAGGCACCCUUGGGCUGGACUGAUGACUGGAGUCUUGGUAGUGGCGUUCAUCUUGCUUGGCGCUUGCACCGAAGCAUUUGUCAGCACCGGGUUUGCGUCUCGCCGCGUCGCUACUCCCAGCAGAAGCAACCUACUACUACUGGCUACGACACAAGAGGAUCUGGCAAAGCUUCGAGUUGCAGACCUCAAGGACGAAUGUCGAAAACAUGGUUUGCUCGUCGGAGGCACCAAAGCGGUCCUCAUCCAACGGCUGUUAGAUAAUACCGACGACAACGAUGUUGCCCUUGUGGACGACGACGAACCUUCUGUGGAAGAAUCUGCUACUACUGCAACUGAUCCUGUUACUGAAACUGACUUGGCCAAACUCAAAGUGGCCGAGCUCAAGGCACAAUGUAGAGAGCGUGGUCUCAAAGUGGGAGGAACCAAGGCAGUUCUUAUCCAGCGACUGAUCGAUCACGACAAGAGCAAUGACGACACAGCCAUCUCAACAGAGCAAGAAACACAAGUGAAAGAAUCAGUUGCAGAGCCAACAAUGGUAGAAGAAGAAGAAGAACUGCUGCAAGAGCAACCCAAACCCAAGCCGACAAAGCCUAGACCGAAACAACAAGCCAAGAAGACAGAGGAGACUACCACUACCGAAAGCAAGGAGAGCCCGGAGACGAAAGUUGCGCCGACGUUUUUCUACGCAGCAAAAGUAUCACCACAAGAACAAGAGUUGGAGGACGCUCUUGCAGCAAAAGAAGAGGAACAAACCGAUCCUGUAAGGAAAGCCAAGCGAUCUUCUGCCCCCAUAGUAGAUGAGGAAAAGAAAGCGAAAGUUGCCAAUUUCUUUGGAGGUGUUUUUGGUCUGGUGGGGGAGUUGACCGCUGCUGCCGUUUCCAAAGGAACUGAAGUUGCUCUGGAACAGAUAGAGCAAAGCAAAAAAGAGAUGGAUCUCAAUCAGGUGCGGAAUCAACUACGGCAAGCAGAGCAAGAACGACAGCUGCAAGAGCGACUCAAGGAGCAGCAAGAACAACAAGAGCAAAAGCGACGAGAGGCACAGCUCAGGGCAGAAGAACUAGAGAAGAAGAAAAAAGAGUGGCAACAGAAAGAAGAAGCUCUCCGACGUCAAGUAGAGGCCGAGAGACAAAAACGACAAGCAAAACAGGAAGCUGAACGUCGGAAGAGACAAGAACAAAUGGAAGCAGAAGCCAUUGCACUAGCAAAGCAAGAAAUGGAAGCUCAAGCUGCACUGGCGGCCAAACAGGAAGCUGAACGCCGAAACAAACAAGAACAAAUAGUGGAAGCAGAAGCCAAGCAAAUGGAAGCAGAAGCCAGUGCACUAGCCAAACAGGAAAUGGAAGCUCAAGCUGCACUGGCAGCCAAAGAGGAAGCUGAACGUCAAAAGAAACAAGAAGAAGCCAGUGCACUAGCUAAACAGGAAAAAGAUGCUCAGGUUAAGGCGGCCCAACUUGCCCAGGAGGGAAAACCUGACUCAAAGCCAAAGGUAUCUGACACGCGUCUUGACUUCUACGCAUCAAAACUAUCAUCACAAGAACAAGAGUUGCAGGAUGUGGAUGCAGUUCUUGCAUCAAAAGAGGAAAAAACCGAUCCUGUAAUGGAAGACAAGCAAUCUUCUUCCACCAUGGGAGAUGAGGAAAAGAAAGCCAAACUAGCCAAUUUUGUGGGAGGCGUCUUUGGUCUGGUGGGGGAGUUGACCGCUGCAGCCGUUUCCAAAGGAACUGAAGUAGCUCUUGAACAGCUAGAGCAAAGCAAAAAAGAGAUGGAUCUCGAUCAGGAACGAAAAGAGCAGGAGCGGCGACAACGGCAAGCAGAGCAAGAACGACAGCUGCAAGAGCGACUCCAGGAGCAGCAAAAGCAACUGAAAGAACAACAAGAGCAAAAUCGACGAGAGGCACAGCUCAGGGUGCAAGAACUAGAGAUUCAAAAACAAAAGCGCCUGCAAAAAGAAGAAGCUAUCCGACGUCAAGCAGAGGCUGAGAGACAAAAACGACAAGCAAGUCAGGAAGCUGAACGCCGAAAGAAACAAGAACAAAUGGAAGCAGAAGCCAUUGCACUGGCAAAGCAAGAAAUGGAAGCUCAAGCUGCGCUGAAGGCCAAACAGGAAGCUGAACGUCGAAAGAAACAAGAGCAAAUGGAAGCAGAAGCCAUUGCACUGGCAAAGCAAGAAAUGGAAGCUCAAGCUGCACUGAAGGCAUCUGCCAAUGAUGGCCCAGAGGCGAAAGAAGUCACACAGGUCCAGCCAAAGCAAGACUCGUUGGAAGUUGCAUCCAAUGCAAUCCCAACAGGCGAAAAUGAGGUCUUGGAAAAAGCUGCUCAAGAUUCACCAGGAAGAAAACCAGCAACAGCUUUCAAUCCACUUUCUGCUUUGUUUGCUUUCCAGAACAAGAAACCCGAUGCUCGACCCAGCUCGGAAGAAGCAACGAAAGGCAAGAAAGGGGAAAGCAAAGUUGAAGCGACAGCUUUGGAUACGACCAAAGGAGCUGGUUCUGGUUCAGGUUCAGAUUCCACCUCCUCAUCAAAAGCACAACCAGAGGUGGAGAGGAAGCAGCGAAGUGAAGAGCAAGAGGCCAAAAUGAAGAAGAAUGUCAAACUAUUGGAGGAGGAAGCCAUUGCGACUGCUACGAAAGAAUGGGAGGCUUUGGCAGCGCAAGCUGCUGCAAAGCGUACAGCAUUGGAAGAAAAAGUGGCCCCUUCUCCAUUUGAGAAGCUUGAAGACGCAGCUGGCGAUAAGAUGACGGAUGCAAAAAUGGAGACAAAAGAGAAAGUCAGCAAGAGCAGUCCUUCUCAGACAAGACCAAUCCGUCCUUUCUCAGGUUGGUUUCAAAUCAAGCCGGUGGAAGCAAAGGGAAGUGCAGAGCAAGGAAAGGUUGAAAUCACGACAAGUGAUAGUCCUGCGGAAAACGGCAAAGCUACCGACAGGAUCAUGAAUCCUUCCUUUUCAUCUCCCAAAGCACGACGGGAGCAGAAACGAAACCAAAAAGCAGGUGAAGAUGCUUCUUUGGACCAAAAAAGUAGUGCAACUUCUUUCAAUCCUCUUUCAGCAUUCUUUUCGUUUCAAGAGACACCAGAUGCGAGUCCAAGCCCAGGAGAAGCAAAGCAAGUCCAAGUCGAUGACAAGGACGAAAUUCCCGCUUCGAAUAUGACCAAGGAAGACCUGACUGGACAAGACGCUCUUGAUGCCACUUCUUCCAGUACGCCAGACGAAAUAGAAGAGAUCAAAACCCCAUCACCGGCUAUGAGCAAAGCAGAAGACAGUGAGGUUUCAGCAGAGAUCGCUCCCAAGGAAGAAAAAUCCAGCAAGCCCACGAAACCUUUCAACCCCUUCUCAGCUUGGAUCGGCAAGCCUGCGACUGCCAAGCCAUUCAAUGAAGGUUCCACUUCGGCUGCUGUGGCUGGAAGAGAAAAGAUUGGAAUUGCCAUCCCAGUUUCCGAAGGUGAAGGAAAGAUUGCAAAUCCUUCCUUUUCAUCCCCUAAAGCACAGCGAGAAGAGGAGAGAAAGCGGCGACGUCAAGAGCAGGAAGCUGCAAUGAAGAAGAGACAAAGUCAAUUGGAAGAAGAAGCCAUUGCUGCCGCCAAGAAGGAAAGGGAGAUGCAGGCAGCACAGGCUGCAAGACUUCGGGCAAUAGAAGAAUCAGCAAUGCCCAAUGAGACAAAGAAGCAAGAAGAGGGAGAAGAAGACGAGACUGCGGAAGAUGCUGAUGUCACUGAGGAACAAAACGAGGAAACUGCGAAGAAAACAACGACGACAUCAUCGAAGUCAACGAAUCCAUUUCAAGCGUUCUUUCCAUCAACACGCUGGUAG